AUGAACACAUUAUUAACUAACGGAAACAGGCAGUGUUCAAAAGGUGACGAAGAAGAAGAAUACCUGCCAUCGCCCCCAACUUAUGAAGCCCUCACAAUAGCCAGAGAUGCUACGACGUCUUCUGGGGUCCCCCACAGUACCUGUCCCUGGCAGCACCAGCACGACGCCCGUAGCCACGACGCCCGUGGCCACGACGUCCGUGGCCACGACGCCCGUGACCACGACGCCCGUAGCCACGACGCCCGUAGCCACGACGCCCGUGACCACGACGCCCGUGACCACGACGCCCGUGACCACGACGCCCGUGACCACGACGCCCGUGACCACGACGCCCGUAGCCACGACGCCCGUAGCCACGACGCCCGUGACCACGACGCCCGUGACCACGACGCCCGUGACCACGACGCCCGUGGCCACGACGCCCGUGACCACGACGCCCUGGGCCAGGACCCGGACUGCUGGACGUAG